AUGACCCUUCUCCAGUCCAGCCUCAUCUGGAUCGUGUAUGCUGUUGUGGUCGCGAUCUUGAUCGCGAUAGCUUCAGUCUUUGUCUAUGUUUACCAGGCGCCGAGAGAGCGAUCAGGCCUGGUAUCCGCCGUGUGCAUUCUCACCGUGUCAGCUUUGCUAGCUACCGUUUUACUCUUACCUGUGGAUAUUGCCUUGAUAUCAUCUACCAACUCGCGCAGACUGGGCCAGAGGAAAGAUUGGGCAACUCCGGAUGCCGUUGCCAGUAUCGUGCAAUCUCUCACGAUCGUCUAUUACUCUCUUUACUCGCUUGAUACCAUCCUCUGCUUGCUCGUUAUUCCGUUCACGUACUUCUGGUACGAGGAAUAUGACGAGCUUGCCGAACAGCAGGACUGGAAUGCCUUCGGAAAGAGAUUCUGGGGCGCUUUUCGCUACACGAUUGCGUUCCUUGUCGUUACGGUGAUCCUAUUCCUGGUCGGAUUUUUCGUUCCGGUUGCUCGAAAUAGAGCUGGAGCAGGGCUUGAUCUUGACUACUUCAAACAUUUGCUCACAGAGAAUAACGGCGAAAGAGCGUUGACGUUUGCUCUUGGCUUGCUAACAAUGAUCGGAAUCAUUGUUUACGUGCUUUACACCUCAGCUGGCCUUGCACUCUUCCCGGUGUCGUUUAUCAAAACAGCCCCCUCGGUCUCUAGUCCGUCUCUAUACGCGACAACUGCAUCGAGGCUAGAGGAGAAUGUUGAACGCCAACGUCAGCUCGAAGGGAGAUGUGGAGGUAACCUUGAUCAUUUAUCGUCGAAGGAGCGACGGGAGCUUGACUCGCUCGUUCGCGAGGAGCGCACCUUGAGACGUCGACAACGCCUUGCGGAAUCCAAUGCAGGUGACGGAAGAAGCUUUUUAGUUAAAGCGUGGCACAAAAUAGAGGCCGUAUUUCGUCCGAUUAAACUUCUCGGGGGACUGCUCCUGCUCCUACUUUCAAUCGUGAUCUGGGUCUCGAUGCUACUGACGGGGAUCGACAAGGCGACGAAUUCUAUUUGCAAACACAAUUGUGGUUAUAUCCUAGCAAAGGUUAACGUGUUCAACCCUAUUAAUUGGGCCCUUCUUCAAUCCGCGAAAGUCUUUCCCAUCGACUAUGUGCUUUUCAUAGUGCUAGUGUUACACUUUUUCAGCAGCUCCGUUGUUGGUGUCGCAACCGUCGGCAUUCGAUUCCUAUGGGUUAGAAUUUUCGGUAUACGAAAGGGGCACACCACUCCUCAGGCUUUACUACUUGCCACUGUGAUGCUUGCCCUUAUCAUUCUUGCCCUUAACUUCUCUAUAUCCAUGAUGGUGGCACCUCAGUAUGCGACAUAUGGCCCACAGACAUUCUGUGACACUCCAUCCGACCAUGGUGAACACAGUUUAAGCUGCGAACACAGGCCUCAGGACGUCAAGCCCUGUUCUGAAUUGACAGAAAACCACUCGGCUAAGGACGUCUGUACACCCAGCGUCGUUAGCGUCUUCUUGAACCGUAUAACGCUUAACUACCCAUUCUUCGGCAUGGUUAAUUUCUGGGCACAGUUUGCUUUCCUAGGUAUGUCACUCAUUGUCUUUGUCACCAUGCUCUUCAGGACUCCGAGACUUGAUGAGCAGCAACUGGACGAGGACGCAGAGGAAGCCGAAGAAGAGGGACUGCUUGCCUCUACGGGGAGGAGGUUCGGUGCUACAUGGGAAGAUAUCAUGGGCAGAGCACCUGAACGACACCCUGCCGCUGCAGGUAGGGGAUCCCGUGAUAAUGGAUAUCAUGACGGCCAUUGA